UGAGCGUCAUCAAAUUCGCCCCCGUUUCCCUUUGUCCUCCAUGUGAUUCCUCCCGACCGAGCCCGGCCUUGUCCCUUCUCCUCCUCAUUCAUUUUCCUCUUCUUCUUCUUCCCACCUCCCCUCCUCAACUCUCCCCCUUCUCCUGCACCUCUGAUCGUGACGAGCCAUUACUACUACUAGCUCGAUUGCUCGAAUCCCUCCUCCCCCACUCCUCCGCCAUUCACCCGCCUAGCCUCGCGCGCACUCGCGGUGUAUAUAUCUAUCCGGCAGCUCGAUUUGUGGCCUUGCCGGUGAGGUUUGUGAGCUGUGGGCGGCGUAGCAUGCGGCGGUGAGAGAUAGAGAGCGAGAGAGAGAGGAUGCAGCAGGCGUCGUCGCAUCAGCAUCACUAUCAGCACAGCGCCAAGCCUCCCGUGUCGCGGAGCUCGUCGUGGAUCCGGAGGUCCCCGCCGCCGUCGCCGCCGCACAAGAAGCUGUGGGGAGGCGGCGGCGGCGGCGGCGGUGGGAGGAGCAGGUAUGUGUGCCGCAUCGUGCCGCUGCUCGUGCUCACCGUGUACAGCAUCUUCACCGUCGUCCGCAUCCCCAGCUCCUCCCUCGUCGUCUCCACCGCCGAUUCAGAGCGCGUGGAGCGGCGGGAGGAUGUGGAGGCGUUCAAGACGCACCUGCCGUCCAACCAGAACAACCUGGAGGCUCGCGAGGAGACUCGCUCUCCGGCGUCGCUCCCCUGCUCGGCGCUCAUCAACGGUGAGGCGGGCGGCGGGCAGGCGGCGGCGGAGAGCGCGCUGUGCUGCGACCGGAGCCACUACCGGAGCGACGUGUGCUACCUCCGCGGCGACGUGCGCACGGACCCGUCCACCUCGUCGGUGCUCCUGUACAACGCCCCCCGCGGCAGCGCGCCGGAGAAGGUGCGGCCGUACACCCGCAAGUUCGAGGGCAGCAUCAUGAGCACCAUCGACGAGGUCACCAUCGUGCCGGUGGUCGACGCCGGCAGCGGCAGCAACGGCACCACCGCCGGCGACACCGGCAAGGACAGCCUGCGGCGGCGGUGCGACGUGCGGCACCCGCCGGGCGUGCCGGCGGUGGUGUUCUCGACGGGCGGGUACACCGGGAACGUGUACCAUGAGUUCAGCGACGGGCUGAUCCCGCUGUUCAUCACGGCGCAGCGGUUCGCCGGCGAGGUGGUGUUCGUCGUCCUCGAGUACCACUACUGGUGGCUGGGCCGCUACGGCGCCGUCCUCGAGCGCCUCACCAACUACAAGGUGGUCGACUUCCGCUACGACCGCCGCGUCCACUGCUUCUCCGAGAUGAUCGUCGGCCUCCGCAUCCACGGCGAGCUCGUCGUCGACCCCAAGCUCAUGCCCAACGGCAAGGGCAUCCAGGACUUCCAGGCGCUGCUCCACCAGGGGUACAGCCGGACGCCGUCGGCGACCGCCGCGGCGGCGGCGGCGCAGCCGCCGGUGCCACUCGCGCUCGCGGCGCCACCGUCGCGGCCGUGCCUCCGGCCGGACGACCACGCGAAGGUCGCCAAGCCGAAGCUGGUCAUCUUCAUCCGGAAGCAGAACCGCGUCCUCCUCAACCUGCCCCACAUCGUCACCGCCUGCCGCCGCGCCGGGUUCGCGCCGCACGUCAUGAACCUGCGCCGCCAGACCCCUCUGCCCGCCAUCCACGCCGCGCUCUCCUCCGCCGACGCCAUGGUCGCCGUGCACGGCGCCGCGGUGACGCACUUCCUCUUCAUGCGGCCCGGGUCGGUGCUCCUCCAGAUCGUGCCCGUGGGGCUCGACUGGGCCGCCGACGCGUUCUACGGCAAGCCGGCGCAGCAGCUCGGCCUCGGGUACCUCGAGUACAAGGUGGCGCCCGAGGAGAGCUCGCUCGCCGCCGAGUACGGCGUCAACAGCACCGUCGUGCGCGACCCCUCCGUGAUCAGCAGCCGCGGGUGGUGGGAGAUGAAGAAGGUGUACAUGGACCGGCAGAACGUCACUGUGAACAUCAAAAGGUUCGGCGAGCUGCUCCGGUCGGCGAGGCUGCACCUCAAGAACGCCACCGCCUGCGGCAAGGCCGCCUCGGCGGCGACGACGACCGCGGCGAGGUAGGGGUGGCUGGCUAAACCAAGCUCUCCGUCAAUUAGGUGUUAAUUAAUCAACCAAUCAAUCAAUCACAGCUGUUAAUUUGCCCAUGUUUUUUUCUCGGUUUAUUUUUUUUUUCAUUUCAUUUUUCUGCUCGUUUUUGGUUGGGGGGUUUGGGAGGAGUAUAAUUAAGAAGGGUAAAGAAAGGGAGAUCCUGUAAAUAGAAUUGGAUUUAUUGGUAGGGAUCGCCUCCGUGCACAGUGCAUUCGUUUUCAGUUCGGUGUUGUUACUAGGAGGGAGAAGAAUAAUUUAUGGUUAGGGGUUCUCAUAAAUCAUCUUCUUUUGUUAGUCUAUACUACUAGUUGCAAGAGCUUUUUUCCUUCUUUCUUCUUUCUUUCAUUCUUUGGGGUGUCCUGAUGUAAGAACAACAUUCUGUAACAAAGUGCAAUAGAAUCCAGACUCUCUUUACAGAUCAUAUAUGAA